CGCGCCCCGCGCCCCGCGCCUGCCCCCGGCCCGGCCCGGUGGAGAGAGCCGGAGCCCCGCCUCCACCCGACCCUCCGCUCGCCACGCGAGCCGUGCACCUGUGCCAGGACUCCACCAGCUCUUGCUUCCCAAUGCCCAAAGGACAUGAUAAAUGCAUGAAGUGACAGCCAUAUGCUUGCCUUUGGCCCAGGAGCCCUGUUGAAUCAACUGAGAAGUGAUUUGCAGAGCAGGCACCAUGAGCAUCUCGGCUCUUGGAAGCAGCACCAAAGGGAAGCCUCUCACAGCAGGUGAAGAGGAGCGCAGUAAUGUACUCAAGCAGAUGAAGGUGCGGACCACUCUGAAGGGGGACAAGAGCUGGAUCACCAAGCAGGAUGAAUCGGAGGGCCACACCCUAGAGCUGCCCUCUGGUCGGAGUCGUGCCACAUCCUUUUCAUCAGCUGGAGAAGUGCCGAAGCCCAGCAGGCCUACAAGCACAAGGGCUUCCACUGGCUAUAUCAUCCGGGGAGUGUUCACCAAGCCUGUAGACAGCUCGUCCCAGCCCCAGAAGCACUUUCCUAAGGCGAACGGAGCUCCAAAAAGCACUGCCAGUGUGGUGAGAGCAGCUCCCGGUGGACCUCUCCAUCCCUCCUCCUCUGGCUACAGGAUGACCACUGAGGACUACAAGAAACUGGCACCUUAUAACAUCAGGCACAGCUCAGCAUCAGGGGCUGCUGAAGAGGAGGAUGUACCCUUCUCUUCUGAUGAGCAGAAACGGAGGUCAGAAGCUGCCAGCAGUGUGGUAAGGAAGACAGCUGCCCGGGAGCGCUCCUACGUCCUGUCAGCAGCCAAGAAAAGCACCAGCAGCCCUGCCCAGGAGAUGCAGGCCCCAUUUAUUGCGAAGAGGGUGGAUGUGGUGGAUGAGGAUGGGCCUUCUGAGAAGAAUCAGGACCCGCCUGCUCUGGCAAGAUCUCCUGGCUCCAGCAGUUCGAAUGGAGGCCGAGGAAAAGUGUCUCAUGCAAUUUGGAUUGAACGCAUGCCAAGUCUGCCAAGCCCUGCUGGGAGCCUGGAGCCCAGUGCAAGAGGUGAGGAGAUUGUCUGCCUGCAGAUCACGACGCCUGGGGCAGGACUCCGCCAGAUGGCCCCAGACCUGGAAGGAAUGAGAUCUCCCCCAGAUUCCAAAGAUAAGGAAACCCUCAGCCCCAGAGAGCCUAAGAGAGACUUGGCUGCUGAGGAGGCCUUUAAGGCCCCCAAUCCAGACUCUGAAAGGUCACAUGCACUAUCAAGGGAUGGCAUCGUGGAAUCCAGAGCCACGGGCUGCCUACCUGAAGGCCUGGCUGGAGCAGACAUCAGUCCGGGAAGAGGAGGGGUGUGCUCAACUGUUGGCUUCACCCCUCUCCUGGAUGAUGAGGAUGUGCUUGGUGCCAACUCUCAUCCUCGUAAAUCUAGAUCAGUGGUCACCAGCUGUGUUGCCACUUUGGCCUCUGCUGUACCAGCUGACAUAAAGAGUGACAGCCUAGCAGACCUGGAGAACAUGGAAGCAAACUUGAAGGGAUCAUUGGCUGGUUUUGAGGAGACAAAUGUGGUCAGCAAGCUGGGGGAGAACUGGCAGGAGAAGCCUGGAGCCCUGCGAGGUGGCCAGGAAGACCCAGCUGCAUUUUCCCAGAAGCCUGAAGACCCCAGCACUGCAGAGGGGAAGGGCAGCCCCAGAAAACCCCAGCAGCUCGUGGAUUUGGAGAGCCAGGCCAGCAGCAGAGGGAUUCUCUUCAUGAAGGAUUACAUGAAUACCAGUGAGGUAUCUUCCAGGAAGCUGGUGUCUUCACGCUACAGCAGCAUCAGCAGCACUGAGGACUCCUUCAACAUGGAGAAGAAACCCCCAUGUGCCAGCACACCGUACUUUGAGAGAACAACUGGAGGGAUCUGUACUUACUGCAACAGAGAGAUCCUAGACUGUCCAAAGAUUACCCUUGAACAUCUUGGCAUUUGCUGCCAUGACUAUUGCUUUAAGUGUGGGAUUUGCAGUAAACCAAUGGGUGAGCUCCUGGAUCAGAUCUUCAUUCACAGUGACACCAUCCACUGUGGGAAAUGCUAUGAGAAGCUCUUCUAGGCUCUCCAGGCUAAGAAGAAGCUGAUGACUUCUGCACAAGUCUAGCUAUCCCCAGUUAUCCCAACUUGCUGGCUGCUCUUUCCUUAUCACUUGGUUUCUUCAUCCUUUGCCCUUCUCAAGUUGAACUUGCUUACAUCCAAUAUCAUAUGCUAAUGAUGCUAUGAUAAUUACUUAUGUGUGUAGCUUUUUAUAGCUCAGAAAAUACUUCACAUCCAGGACCUUAUUUCAAGAUCAGUCAAAGAAGAUUGAACAAGAAUUCCCUCUUUGCUUCCCUAGGGCAUGUCAGCUGCCUGAUGAGUUUAGGUGGCCUGGUAUGAUAGGCAUAGGCAGGGGCAUUGGGUUCAAUGUGUACUGACUUGGGACAGAGAGCAAAUCACACUUUGGUUUGUAGGUCUGAGUGUACCUUUGAUAAUUUAGAAUACAAGGGGACCCCUGAAGCUUUUGAGGGACUAGGUUGAAGACUGUUGACGAUCCCUGAUGGGUAAAUUGCAGACAUUGAAUGCUAGGGAUUGACAUAGGCCAACGUUUAACUUCUCUAUUUGCCAUAUAUACAUCUUAAACUUUCCAUAUACUUUGAAAAGUAGUUAGUUGCUUUUGAUUGAGUUAUAUAGCAGAUUUUAAUUACCUCCUCUACCCCCCUUUCACUAUAUAGUAGAGGUUAUCUUUCCUGCAUGCAUGUGGGCAUGUAUUCGAAAGUGUACACAAUUUUGUUUAAAUUCUAUGGGAUAUGAUUGUUAGGAGGCUACUGACCAAAGGAACAUCUAUGUCUGAUCUUGAUAGCUGAUUAAUACCUUUGCCCUCAAUUCCCAAUCCUGAAGCUUUACACAGAAAUCUUCUAAAGUAGAUAUAGAGUGCAUACACUCCAGCAGGAUUAAGCAGGAAGAAAAGCAGUUAAUGUUUCUUGAAGCCUUACGACAUGCCACACAUUAUCACAAAGGGAUGGUGUUAAUGCCCAUUCUAAUUCUUUGUGGAGGGUAUUCUUGUCCCCAGUUUACCUGUGAGGAUACUGAAGCUUGAAGAGGUGGUCAUUGUAUUAUGCAGAACCAUUGCUGUCUCUCUUCAGUAAUACCACAACAGCAAGCACUGGUUUAGUGCUGAGUAUGUGCCAAGUACUGUGCAGAGGUUACCUAAUCUUAUCAGGUAACACAGUUCCCCCUGACAAAUUCUAACACCAUGGGGAAGGUAUGAAAUCACACUCCUCCUCUGGGUAUCCUGGGUCACCCCAUGAAGUACCACAAGGGCCAAACUGUCCCCCUUCCCUCUCCUCCUCUUUCUGUAAAAACAGUUUUGAACUGAAAUGCUCUCAGAUGGGAAGAGAUAUGACUCACAGACCUUCCUAAAGAGGAGUUUGUCACCCCACAGAAAGUUUCAGUGGGCUAGCUGAUCUGAACACAGGGCCUUCAGUGGCCUUCUAUUAUCCAAUCCAGACUCUUUUCCAAGCUAGUAGAAACCUAUUGGCUGGCUGGACAGCUGCAGGCCUAUCCAUGUAGUCAGUGAUGCUCUGCUCAGAUUGAAUUGUGCCCCUCUGCCUUUGGGACCAGCAACACUGUAAGCUCCUCAAGGGGAGGAACAACCUGGGAGUAUUUCUAAUGAGAAAUGAGAGCCUAUUCUCUUUAUUACAAAAUGUUUCUCCAUCUCUCUUAAGUUUCUGCGCCCUGUGCACACUGACUGGUGGACUUGUUCUUCCCGCUAAAUGAUCAGAGUGGAACAUUCCAUUUAUUUGCAUAGAUGGGCAUCAGAUUUGCUCUGGAGAAAACAAGUGGUACAAUUACCAGCACUAAAUAUAAGCUAGUCUUUCUGAAGUCUAGCCUGCAGCAUGAGACUUCGUACAUGGUAGGCACUGACACAUAGAUGCUGAGUAAAUGAGUGAAAGGAAGGGUAAGGUCACUCCUUGGGGUGGGACAUUCCAUCCCUGAGUCUUGGUACAGGACCAGCUAAUGGAGUGCAGGAUAAAGAGGUCCAAGAUAGUCUGGCUUCCCUACCUUCAAGGUACACGCUGCCUUUAAAGGGAGUUUUAGAACUAACAUGCAAGAGAUUGACAGAAACCUUGCAAAAUCAAUAUUGAUUUCAAUCAAAAAUAACCUUUUCAAUCUAAAAAGGCAGGAAUUCUGCAGACUCAAGGAAGAGUGGUGGUUGCUUUACACUUUUACUUCUUUUUAAUUGCCUAAUGUUUUUAAUCAUACUUGCUUAACCUGUAUCAAUACACACAAUUGUAAUAAAUGUUAAGAUACUACAUUGUCAA